GAUUAAGUACAAGGAGAGUAUUGGAAAAGGAACUCCAAUUCCUGAUCUCCCAGAAGUGAAACGUGUCAAGGAGACGCAGAAGCACAUCAGCUCGGUCUUGUACAAAGAGGAGCUGGGGACAGGUAUCCCAACACCUGUAACUCCAGAAAUAGAGAGAGUCAGACGCAAUCAAGAACACAUUAGCUCGGUGUCAUACAAAGAGGGCUUAGGGAUGGGCAUCCCAACCCCGGUCACUCCAGAGAUGGAGAGAGUCAAACGCAACCAGGAGAACAUUAGCUCGGUGUUGUACAGAGAGGGGCUGGGAAUUGGAACCCCAGUGCCUGUGACCCCUGAGAUGGAGAGGGUCAAACGCAACCAGGAAAUCUUUAGCUCGGUGGUGUACAAAGAGAACGUGGGGAUGGGGACCCCCACCCCUGUCACUCCUGAGAUUGAGAGAGCCAAACGCAAUCAAGAACACAUUAGCUCGGUGUUGUACAAAGAGAACGUGGGGAUGGGGACCCCCACCCCUGUCACUCCUGAGAUUGAGAGAGUGAAACGCAAUCAAGAACACGUUAGCUCGGUGUUGUACAAAGAGAACGUGGGGAUGGGAACCCCCACCCCUGUCACUCCUGAGAUUGAGAGAGCCAAACGCAAUCAAGAACACGUUAGCUCGGUGUUGUACAAAGAGGAGCUGGGGACAGGGACCCCAAUACCUGUCACUCCUGAAGUUGAGAGAGUCAAACGCAAUCAAGAACACAUUAGCUCGGUGUUGUACAAAGAGAGCGUGGGGACGGGGACCCCCACCCCCAUCACUCCAGAGAUGGAGAGGGUCAAACGCAACCAAGAGAUCUGUAGCUCGGUGUUGUAUAAGGAGAACAUAGGGAAAGCCACCCCAACCCCUGUGACUCCUGAGAUGGAGAGAGUCAAACGCAAUCAAGAGAUCAUUAGCUCGGUUUUGUACAAGGAAAAUGUGGGGAAAGUGACCCCAACACCAAUCACUCCAGAGAUGGAGAGAGUCAAACGCAAUCAAGAAAUCAUUAGCUCGGUGUUGUACAAAGAGAACUUGGGGCGAGCAACCCCCACCCCUAUCACUCCUGAGAUGGAGAGAGUGAAACGCAAUCAAGAACAGAUUAGCUCGGUUGUGUACAAGGAAGGCUUAGGGAAGGCGACCCCCACACCGGUCACUCCCGAGAUGGAGCGAGUCAGACGCAACCAGGAACAAAUUAGCUCGGUGUUGUACAAAGAACAGCUGGCAAAAGGAACCCCAACCCCGAUGACCCCUGAGAUGGAGAGAGCGAAGCGCAACCAGGAAAACAUCAGCUCAGUCCUUUACUCAGACAGCUUCCGAAAACAAGUACAAGGCAAAGCUGCUUAUGUUCUGGACACACCUGAAAUGCGGCGUGUGCGGGAGACACAGAAACACAUCUCUACAGUGAAAUACCAUGAAGAUUUUGAGAAAAACAAAGGUACUUUCACACCUGUAGUCACUGACCCCAUAACAGAACGUGUGAAGAAGAACAUGCAGGACUUCAGUGACAUCAGCUACAGAGGCAUUCAGAGACGAGUGGUACAAAUGGAGCAGAAGCGCGUGGACCAGGACCAGGAGAAUCUGACAGGUCUUCGUGUGUGGCGCACAAAUCCCGGCUCUGUCUUUGACUACGACCCUGCAGAGGACAACAUUCAGUCCAGGAGCUUACACAUGAUCUCAGUCCAAGCACAGCGCCGCAGCAGGGAGCACUCCCGCUCUGCCAGUGCCCUGAGCAUCAGCGGAGGGGAUGAGAAAUCAGAGCCCUCGGAGGGAUUGAAUCAGCACCUGUCCUACUACAGCAACGAAGGCUUCUUCACCACCACUGCCACAGUGGGUUAUAAACAUGCUAAGACCAUAGAGCUGCCACAACAACGGUCAGCCUCUGUUGCCACUCAGCAAACCACCGUGUCAUCAGUUCCUUCCCACCCAUCCACUGCUGGGAAGACAUACCGGGCCAUGUAUGACUACACAGCAGCCGACGCUGACGAGGUUUCCUUCAAGGAUGGUGACACGAUUGUCAACGUGCAAGCCAUUGAUGAAGGCUGGAUGUAUGGGACCGUGCAGAGAACUGGCAAGACAGGUAUGCUGCCAGCCAACUACGUGGAGGCUGUGUGAGCCAGAGAACAGCCCUCCCCAGGCACAGCCAUUUCCCGCUGUCAGCAACAGAACUUUCUAACACCGAAGCACUGCACUGUCUUCCAUGGUGAGUGGUAGUGCUUUACAAACCAGCAUGGGGAGAAAAAAAAAAAUAAUAAUACACAACAAAAUACUCCUGAAACUUCCCUUCAAAUUAUUUCUGAAAACUGCCUGCAGGCACCACCUGGUGCUGCUCACGAGAGCUGCCUUGCUUCUGGUGUCCAAAACCUUUUUGAAAUUGCCUACAUCUUCAUUUAAAACAUUUAAGCAUACAAUACUAUCAGCAUGUUUUAAGCAAUGCCAAAAAUCACAACAUAGUUCAGUAUCACUGAGCUUUUGUACCUGUACUGGAGACUAUGACUACCAACCAUUACUUCAUUCAUUCUCCCAUCAGGAGAGAAUCUUUGUGAGCUACUCUGAAACUUUCAAACAUGUUUGUUUUCCAUGUAAGCUUAGGAUCUCAAACCAAGGUUUAUCUGGAGGGGAGGUGGUAAAAAAAAAGAGGAGGGGGGAAAUCUCACAAAGCAAAAGCCUCUUCUGUCUGCUUGCUGAGCUCUUAUGCAGAUGUUUUUCUGUUCUGGGGUCAAAAGUUGUUACUUGUAAAUUAGUGACUAAAUAAAGCUCAUGUUUCCGCA